AUGUUCUUCCCGCAAACGGCGGAGCAGCUCGCCUACAUGCAGCAAGUCCAGCAACUGCAGCGGUUGGUCGUGGCUCAGGUCAACUAUUACUUCAGCGACGAAAAUUUGCUCAGAGACGAGUACCUCCGCCGCCAAAUGGAUGGCGAGGGUUGGAUCUCAAUCGAGCUGCUCGCCACCUUCAACCGUCUCCGCAGCCUGACGACCGAUCUCCAUCUCAUCGGCGAGGUGCUCGACGGCCGCGUCCGCCGCCGCUUCGACUGGCAGCGCUGGGCGCCUCCCUCCCCCGGCGUCCCUCUGGCCUCGAUCCUGCGCCAGCCAGCGAUGCCGCCGCUGCCGCCCCUCGCCACGCCGCACCACGGCGGAGCAGAGGGGGCGCCGCUGACGCCCGAGGCGGCGGGGACGGCGCUUUCGCGCGCGCCCACCGCCGAGCACCCGCGCCGGAGGUGCGGCAACUGGGAGCCUGUGGCCAAGGGGCGGCGGCGCGGCGGCAAGGGGGGGUCGGGGCAGCUCCCCGCGGGGCUGUGGACCGGCUCCGCCGCCGCGCCGCCCGACGAGGCCAAAAACACCGGCAGUGGCCGUCCGCUGGCGUGA